AGAGGUGACGAGUUUGUCUUGUUUUCUAGGGUUUUAGAGUAGUAGCGGCGGAGGGAGGCAAGAUGAAGACGACUAGGGGGAAAGGUGAUACUAAGUUCCACCGAUCCGAUGAAGACGACUUUAAAUAGUCAUCAAAGAAAAUGGAGAAGAACCUCGACUAUAGCGGAGCUUCCCCAUGGACGCAUCGGCGUUCGUGCAAAUCGACCCGCUCCACUAGAUCCUUGACAUGAACUCCCUCGUCAGUGAUGCCUACCGCGACGUUAGAAAACUCUGUGUGUUUCUCCUCCCGGUUGCGGCUUCCUCCUUCCCACCCGGCAAGGCCCUCACCGUCUACUUCCAGCCCCUUGGUCAUCCCUUCCUCUUUUGCGGAGCCGUCCACCCUACCCGCCCAUCCGCUCUCCUCUCCCCCCCUUGGCCUGUCCCUUCCGAAGAACCCCCCCCCCCCCAUUCCUGACCCUAACCCUAAUCCCGUCUAGCUCGCGCUCACCUCCGCCAAGAUCGGCAUCUCGGUCGAGGACCUCGCCUCCUUGCCACCUGUCGCUUACGCCGUUGCGGAGAAGAAGGUCGAGCGACUUGCUCUUAGGGUUGGCGAGAACCUCUUCAAUUUCAAGCAGUCCUUCUGCGGGAUUGACGGAAGCCGGCUCGUCGUGCCCAUGGAUAUCCUUGACCGGUGGUUCAAGAAGUUCCAGGAGCGAGCCCGGAAGGAUCCCAGUUACCUCAAAGAUUUCGCCUUGUGACAGACAGGUGAAUGCCCAAUCCCAAAGUUUUAUGGAAGGUGGCUGGAAAACUAAUCAUGCCAAAACCAAAGGGCUCAACAUCUGAGAUUAAAAAAGCUUCGUCGUCUGGACAUAAGUGGUCCUUUUCUCCCGGGACUAACCUGCUAUCAGGUGGUGCUGCAAAACUUGAAAAAGAGUUUAGGAAAAAACUAAAUGAGUUUUCCAAGGAACUUAGAACAUUCAGAAGUGUUGACUUGUCAGGUCGUAACUUUGGUGAUGAUGGCCUGUUUUUUCUUGCUGAAAGCCUUGGUUACAAUCAAGUAGCAGAGGAAGUUGAUUUUUCUGACAAUGGGAUUACAGCAGUUGGCCCAAAGGCACUUGAUGGUGUUGUUCAAACGAAUACCAUGCUUAAAACUCUGAACCUAUCAGGAAAUAAUAUUAGUGAUGAAGGAGCUAAGAGCUACAUAUCCACUUUCCUCCGGUGGCUCAAGCUCAAUGAGAUGCCUCGCCACCACUACGCCCAACUCGUAAUCACCAUGAGCAAAGCAUCCACCUAAAAGUGCACGCCAAGCAGAAGCAUUUGUUUCGAAAAGCAUGCUCUCAAGCACUGAUCUCGCCUUAUCGAGAUACCCCCCACGAGAAAGAGCAUCCAACAUGUUCUGCCUUUGGCUCAACUCCAUAAACCGUCUUCAUGCAAUUGAAGCCGAUGAUAGCAGUGUCAAUCAUGCCUACAUGGCUGCAAGCCAUCAAAAUUCCGAUGAAGGUAAUGCUAUCUGGUCGCAAUCUGAACUUGAUCAUCUGCGCAAACAGGGAAAGAGUAGCCAUUCCACAUCCAUUUACAGCCAAUCCACACAGACUUAAGACUUACACACAAUUGUAUUUUGUAUGACCUUAUUCUUGGGCAAUCUUUCAUGUUUUUUUAUGAAAUUCCUAGAUCUUUUACACUUUGUUUCUGGUGUCCUUACUCCUUACACCUUAUUUCCAUGUGAAAUUUUAUAGGGUUUUGCAAGUCUUGCUGGAGCACUAGUUGAGAAUAAGGCAAUUCGAUCUAUACAUCUCAAGCUAAUAAGAUUUACACACACUUAGAUUUUCUAUCCAUGCAGUUCUUUCUUGCAGAUUUAAUUUCUUCAUCAGAUCUGUUGACUUUCCAGUAUUUAUUGAUUGUACUACUUCUCAGCAAUUAUGUAAAACUAUAUUUCUUCUUGUUUAGGAAAAAUAACACUUCUAGAUAUUGGUAACAAUGAGAUUGGUCCCAAAGGCGCCUUUAGCAUCACUGAGUAUGUUAAGAAAACUAAGUCCUUGCUAUGGUUGAAUCUUUACAUGAAUGACAUUGGCGAUGAGGUGUGGUUAUUGACUAUUGUUGCUUUAUGCUCUGUUGCUUCACUUCUGAAACAUAAAUUAUCAUCUAAGGUGCAUAUAUAUCUCAUUGGAAAUCAUAUAAAUGAAUUGAUGUUACUCAUCUUUAUUGCUGC